AAAAAAACCAGAAUGCAAAAGAGAGCGGAGCCAUUCAUACAUACAUACAUGCAUGUCCUGAGCUCCACCAUCAUCGCCGCCAUCAGCAUAGCCGUUAUCUCCAAAACUCUCUCUGUAGCUCCAUAUUUUUCUUACCAAUUACUAUCUCAGUCCAAAUAGUUCCACCACCAACUAAAGCACCGGCUUUUACCAGAUUUAUUCGUUUGAAGAUAAGAUUUUUUUUUUUUUUUUUUUCUUGGAAUGGAGCCGCCGCCGGAGGAUUGCAGAAUACUGUUAGAUGCGGCGGAGAAGAUAAUUCUAGUGUGGGACUGGACGGCUUGCGAAGAAGCGAGAGAUAGAAUGAUCUUCGAGUCCGAUCGCCAGGAGGUCGAUCGGUACUUACAGGCCGUCGAUGAAAUCCAACUCUCGUUGUCUUCUACCUCCCUCGAUAGUCAGAGCGGCAACAAGGUCAACGCCACCAUCAAGAUCGCCAUGGCUCGCCUCGAGGAAGAGUUCCGCAACAUCCUCUUCACCAACACCUCUCCCUUCGAGACCGACUCGUUCACCAGCAUCACCAGCGAUCCCAGUUCCUCUGUUCACUCUUCUUCUUCUUCUUUUAAUUCUGCUACUCCUCGUACUCCUUCUGCUGAACUCGGAGACCUUGUCGACGACCAUUUCGAAGGAGGGGAUCUCGCGGACUCCAGCAGAAGAUCGAGCUACAGAUCCACCAGUAGCAUCCGCGAGAUCGAUCUGGUACCUUCAGAUGCGAUCUUCGACCUCCGAAGCAUAGCCGAGAGGAUGAUCUCCGCCGGUUACCUCCGCGAGUGCAUUCAAGUCUACGGCAGCGUCCGAAAACCGGCAAUCGACGCGAGUUUUCGGAGGCUAGGGAUCGAAAAACUGAGUAUCGGCGAUAUUCAGAGGUUGGAGUGGGAGCAGCUGGAGACGAAGAUACGGCGGUGGAUACGGGCCGCAAAAGUCUGCGUCAGGGUUUUGUUUGCAAGCGAGAAGAAGCUCUGUGAACAGAUAUUCGAAGAAAUGGGAACAUCCGUGGACGACGAGUGUUUCUUGGAGACGGUUAAGGGCCCGGCGUUCCAGUUGUUCAAUUUUGCCGAGGCGAUUAGUAUAAGCCGGAGAUCCCCCGAGAAGUUGUUCAAAACCCUUGACCUCCACGACGAGCUGAUGAAUUUGAUACCGGACAUCGACAUCGUGUUCGAAUCGAAAUCAUCCGAGUCGAUUCGGACUCAGGCGGCGGAGAUUUUAUCUCGGCUUUCGGAGGCAGCAAGGGGAAUCUUAUCGGAGUUCGAGAACGCGGUACUUCGGGAGCCAUCGAGGGUUCCGGUGCCGGGAGGGACGAUUCACCCGCUGACGAGGUACGUGAUGAAUUAUAUAAGCUUGAUUCCGGAUUACAAGCAGACUAUGAAUAACCUCGUCGUGUCAAAACCGUCUACGGGGUCAAGGUAUUCGGGUGAUCCGACGACUCCGGAUAUGGAGUUUGCGGAGCUAGAGGGAAGGACUCCUUUGGCGCUUCAUUUGAUUUGGGUGAUUGUGAUUUUGCAAUUCAAUCUGGAGGGCAAGUCGAAGCAUUACAAGGAAGCACCCUUAGCGCAUUUGUUUAUGAUGAACAACGUGCAUUACAUUGUCCAGAAAGUGAAAGGGUUGCCGGAGCUGAGAGAAAUGAUCGGAGACGACUAUCUGAAGAAGCUAUCCGGAAAGUUGAGGCAGGCCGCGACUAGUUACGAGAGGGCGAGUUGGAUGGGGGUGUUGCACUGUUUGAGAGAUGAGGGAUUGCAUGUGAGUGGGAGCUUUUCGUCUGGCGUUUCCAAGACUGCUUUGCGAGAGAGGUUCAAGCAGUUCAACACCAUGUUUGAGGAGGUUCACAGGACUCAAGCAGCGUGGUUGGUGCCCGAUACUCAGCUCAGGGAGGAGCUGCGAAUAUCCAUAUCUGAGAAGUUGAUCCCAGCUUAUAGAUCGUUUCUUGGGCGGUUCAGGAGCCAUCUGGAGAGCGGAAGGCACCCGGAGAAUUGCAUCAAGUACUCUGCAGAGGAUUUGGAGACUGCUGUCUUGGAUUUCUUCGAAGGAUACGCUGUUUCCCAGAACAUGAUGAGAAGGAGAUCUCAUUGAUGGAGUGAAGUUGAGAGUUACAAACCUAGUACAGAUUCUUUUAUUUUAUUGCUUUUUGUGGAGUGGCUGGGUGAUGUUGUGGCUGGUCAAUCUGGGAUUUCCUGAGCUUUCUGUUUCGCUUGAAUUUCAUCAUUCAAUGUUCUCUCUGAUGGGCGAGAUCACCUUGUCUGUGAAGAGCUCUCCGGAACAAGCCAAGUUCCUCGGCCCGAAUGCUUUCUACUCUUUCCCUUUUGUAGCUUUAGAUGCAUCUUGUAUCAUGUUGCAUUUCUGGCUGUGAUCAUAUGGGAAAUGGAAUCAGUUUCCUUUUCAGACUUCUUGUGACUUUUAUACCAUGUAAUUAAUGUUUCCAGCUCUGAUUGAGUUA